AGUUCUUGGUGGAGCGUUCAGUCCUGCAGGAGGAGAGAGAGAGAAGGAGAGAGAGCGAGAGAAACAGAGAGAGAGAGAAAGAGAGCGAGAGAGAGGAUCAGCUUUACACUCUCGUCUGUUUCAGACCACGACUGCAGGUUAGUGUGAACUUCUUUAUGGAUGAGACUCUGAUUUUAAAGCUUCAUGUACAGAAACUGAAGCUGCAGACGGACUUCUGUUUCAGGAAUGACUCAUGAAAACAUUUGUUGCUGCUCAGGGUUGGGUAUCGUUUGAUUUUGAAUAAUUACGGUUCUGAUUCUGAUUCCUCGUUUCGAUUCCGGUUCCUAACGAUUCUCUAUUCCGAUUCUUUUUAAAGGAUACUAAAAUGCAUGUUUUAAAUGAGGGCGCUAACUGAAGUUCUUCUUUGGGAUAAAGUGUCUGAACUUCUCCAUGAAUUUUUAAAUCAUAUUAACUUUUUAAGAACUUUACUUUGAAUUUCUCACAUUUUCAUCAGUUUAUAAAUAUCAGUUUUUGUUGUCAGGUCGUUUGUCUGUGAAAAUGAACACAGGAUAACGUUAGUUAGAUAUUCAAGUAGACCCAAAGUUAGCAGAAGAGGUUCUGCUAACUUUAAUUUAUUGUUUCACUUUUCUGAUUCUGGAUGGUUAGCAGGAGACUGUUGAAGUUCGUCGAAGACGGACACUCAGGUGUUUCUCCUCCAUGAAUCCUGAGGUGUUUAAUCAUGUUGGUCGUUCUUCCUCCUUUACAUGAUAUAACUGUGUUGAUAAUGUUGCUCUGAGAUAAGAGUUCAUUCUUCCUGAUAAAGUCAGACAAACUUUUGACCGACGCCGCUGUGGGUUGUAAUGUCGUCUCUUUUUCGGUGUCUCUUCUCUCUGUGGCUUCGUCUCAUUUGCUUCUUCUUCGUUGAUGUUCGGCAGCUAUUUCUUCUGGUCGGCGGACUCCGGCAUCGAAACUUGGAAUCGAAUUUUUAAAAUCUUCACGGUACCGGAAGAAUCAGAAUGUCAGUCCCGGUUCCCAUCGAUGCUUCAGACUCCAUACCCAACCUUAUUGCUGCUUCUGAUCGACUCUGGAGAUGUUUUUAUAUUUGCAUGAAUCUUCUCUGGAUGCUCUGAGGUUUAUUACCGAUCUGAAGUCUCAGACUCAACACAGACCUGCAUUCUCUACUUCUAAAUCAGUGGGAUGUCCUGAAGGAUUUGAAAUCUAUUAACGUUUACGUUUGAUCACUUUUUAAACUUUUAUACAACGAUCUUAAUAACGUCGAAACUUGAGCUGGUAUUCCAUUGUUUUUAUUGACAAUGUCUCACUUUUAGUGCUUGUGAUCCCUACAGCCUCUCUCUCUUCGAGCUCAUUCUGUCCCUCUGCUUUUCAGACGCUCACACAUACUCACACCUCACUCCUCCUCCUCCUCCUCCUCCUGCUCCUUUCUGCUCCUCCUGCUCCUCUCUCUUCUGUAUCAGCUGCUGAAUCUGAAAUAACAAACUCGACACUCAUCACUGUGUCUGCAGGUCGAUCUGAGGCAUUCGGUAUGAAAAUCUGGAAAAGUUGACAAUAAAGAAAGUUACUUAAACAUCAUAAACUUGACUUGCUAAACGCAUUGCUUGUGUAAGAGCACAUUAUGUGUGUUUGGUCUGCAGAUAGUGAACAAACAGACGUGCUUUCUGAUGCACAGUGCAGUCAAAUUUCUCAUUCGAGCAAAUUCAUCUGAAGUAAGACGAGUCCUCAGGUCAGAGUCUGUCUGGUCUGCAGAAAACUGUAGCCCAGCGUUUGUUCUGGUUCCUCCUGCUGUUAAUAAUACAACCAUCCACUCAGUCGUGACAUUAAACUCAAACAAACUCACUUCAGAAAUACUGAAAUGUCCCUUUAACUGACUUCCCUCAUAUUUAUCUUAUAAUAUUGAAAUUAAAGAGCAGAAAAAGGAGUUUUAGAGACUGUUCUCAGAUCUUUAAAGGAGGUUGUGGACAGACUGAAGGUGGUCUCUGCUCAGUCUUCUCUGGAUUAAAUAAUAAAAUAAGAUAAAAAAUAAAUAUCAAAUAUUCAGAUUCACAGAUGCACCUGAACUUUUUGAUGGCUUCACUUUUUGAUCAGUGUGACCAUGUUUCUAGAUCAGGAGGAGACCGACAGACGGACAGACGGACAGACGGACAGACGGACGGACCGCUCUGAUUCUGUGAAGGAGGAGAAGAAGAGUUUGGACGUUUCCAUCGGUAUGUUUUCUCUCUAAUUAUCUCUGAUUGCUCCGACUCCUGCCGGGCUCUGCGUGUUUCUCAUUAAUGCCUCGGCUGAGCCUGUUUGUCGUGAUGAAGUGCUCGCUGCUUCGAUUAGACGACUAAUGAGGCUGGAAGGACUCGACAAACUCCAACCUGUUAGAGAUAAAAACGACGUGUAGAGAUUAGAGAGGGGUUUUCUUCUCUCUCUGUGAGGAACUUUCUGUCUGUGUGGACUUUGGCGACCCCUUGUGGACUCGAUGGUGUCUCAUAUUGUAGCUUAUUUUACCUCAAAGUGGUGCUAAUGGCUGUUUCUUCAGCGUGUCUAACCCCCUCAGCUGUUACAGACUCUAAAAAAAUGACAAUAUAGACAAUCAGUCUGAUCAUUAACGCUCUCAUUUGGUUUUGGUUGUUUAUAGAGACACAUCAGUGUAUGUCUCAGUCUGUUUUAUGUCAAAUACUCCUCACUGGAGCUUUAAAGAGGCCCGGACACCAUCUGAGUCUAUUUUUCCACCUCCUUCUUCUUCAUUUCUUCAUCUUUCAGACCCAAAAACUCUUCAUCCUGUAAAAAUCUGAGCUCUUCCUCUUCUCGUUCAGUUUCAGCAGCGGGUUAGUUUAUGUAGGUCAAGUUGUUUCAUCACAGAAACAUGCCAACACUUAAAGAAAGUCAGCUCUCUGAACAUCUGUUGUGUUUUAUGUGCUGGUCCUGAACAGUGAGUAUGACGAUCUCUGUCUCCCUCUAGUGAUGAUUUCUUAGAACUAGACUUUUGUCAGCUACAGCCGAUCACAUGAAGGUUAUUUUAACAAGCGGCAGUUUUAAACAGCCCCACAGCAGGGGCGUCUCUAGACUUUUCCCACUGGGGUGGCCCAGUCCGGGUGCUGAGUAACAAGUUUUUCAUAUUAACCUUUUUUAAACCUUAGAAAGUAACUCAACAGAGCAGCAGCACAUCAUGAGCACAAGUCUAACAGGACUGAAUAAAAGGUUUGUGCAAAAACACAAACAAAAAAUGAGGGAAAAAGGUCAUAAGAGCACAACAUCAUGAAAAAACAAGUCCAUAAAAUGAGUUUUUAGAAAUAAUUUUGAUUCAUCAAGACAAAAAAAACUUACCUGACAGUGAGUUCCGGUUCUGUUUACCUCUUUCCAAACGUUCAGGGUCCAAAACAUGCAGUUAUAUUUCACAAUAUGUUGUAUUUGUAUAAAAAUAGAUCACUCUGUUGAAAUGCAACAGUGGAGGAGGCUUCUAGAAGGCUGAAUUCAGACAGUGAUUGUUUGUUUAAACUGAGAAUUGUCUAAAAAUGAGCGUCAGACUUCCUCUCAGGUGUAUCCAUCGAUAUCUUCUGAUGUAAUGAUUGAAAUCUUUGUUCACAGGUGCUUCAGUCCCUCAGACCAGGUGGAGAUGGAGGCUUUAAGGAACCUUCCAGCUGUAUCUUCUGGACCAGGAAAGACAUCAGUGACUUCAGGGCCUCUCUUCUCAGAUGGGACCGACUCCGUCCUCACUGCAGCCCGUUUGGCCCGCAGAGGAUGGACGGAGGACGGGAGGAAGACAGGAUGGCAGUUCUCCCACGUUUACACCUCACCCCGUCAACCCCCUGUCUCCAGGCCUGAUGGAAAUCAGGUUCAGAUUCACAUCCAGGUCUCCCCGAAGGACCCCAGGAGCGGGCCGGGUCCCGUGUUCAACAACAAGACGACGUCUGAGGACAGAGAGACGUGCUCUGAAAAACGAGCAGAGGAGGACAAACAGACGAGAGGAGGAGGAGGAGCGCUUCAGGUGAACAGACCGAGUCUCAAAUCUGCGCUGACAGAAAAACAGAAGGUCGUCCGCAGUCAGCCCGGGGUUGUUUUCGUCUGGGCGUCCGGCUGUCGCACAAAGAGCAAACCGUCCAGGAGGUUCAAGCCCCCGAUGUUACCGGUGAUCGCUGAGCUCUGAGCCGACUGCUGUUCCCUGCAGAGAGGACCCUGAAUCUAAAACAGGGGGCAACAAAAACAUUCGAGUCCGACAGUCAAUUCAGACUUCAACUAAAGCGUCUUUCUGAUUGAUUUAGACGCCAUGUAGGGCUGGGCGAUAAAAUGAUAAAAUCAAUUUCCCUCAAUAUCAAUAUAAAACAUGGUCAAUAUACUUUUGGAUAGUCGUCAUUCUGCCAUGUCCUGGUAGCCUAUAUGAAGAGCCAAUGACAAGAGGAGUUGCUUCGGGUCUGAACCAAUCAUGUUCUGAAUUGGAACCAAGUAUCAAACAACUGCAAAGUGGUAGCAGACAGCAGCUCCACCCAACCAGAGCACUUUAACAGGUGAAGCCGACAGCACUGUUAGUGAGAAACAAAGAAAAUGAGUGCUACCCCCGACAGAAAUGACCAUGAAGGCUCAACAGAUGACCACAUCAAUGUCAACCACAACACUGGCGUUAGGAAAACGUCGGUGGUGUGGAGGUAUUUUGGUUUUUUUGAGGUCGGACAUGAAGCAGAGUAAUGUGGACUGUAAAUUAUGUCGAGUACAUGUUCUCACAAAGUCGGGGAAUACCUCAAAUCUUUUUGAGGAGCCGGAACAGCCGACCAUGCAGUUCGCUUUAUCUAACCCAACACCUUACUACAAAACGUCAAAGAGACACAAAGACCUCACAGAUGCAGGAGAUGAUUGUUUUGCAAAAGACAUACUACCAAUAAACACUGUUACAUUUAAUUUUUAUAUCCUGAUAUUGAUCGAUAUCGACUGAUAUAAAAAUAUAUCGUGAUAAACUUUUUCCCGUAUCGCCCAGCCCUAACGCCAUGCAUGCUGUAUACUCUGACAUUCACAUAAACGUGGUCACAGGAUGACGCUCUUUGUCUGCAGAACUAAACAGUUUGAACUUUUUUCACAAAAACAUAAAAACUGAAACUUGGAGUCCAGGUUUUCUGAUGUGCAGCUUUGUAAAUAUGUCUACAAUAAAAAAAUGAGGAAACUGUUUCAAGUCUA